GAACCAACAUUUGUCUGGCAUGCGAGAUUUGAAUUCUCGCACGUCUUGAUUUCCCCUCAAACCCCACACGUUUUGUACACUUUCAAGAUCACGCUACCACAUACACGCCCUUCGCUUCGUCCCACUACAGCGAAUAUCACAACCCCACACAAGUCACGAUGCAGCGCACCAGGAACGUCGACUACGACGAUGACGAUGUCUACGAUGACGACGAUUACUACGAGGAAGAAGAGGCAGAGCCCACGUCAGCGGACGACAAGGAGCAGAUGCGGAUAAGCACUAUCAGUGCGCGAGAAGCACUGGGUGAGACAGGCGACUUCAUCACGGACGCGCAAAUACAGGAAGCUCUGUGGCACUACUACUAUGAUGUUGGGAAGAGUGUGAGCUAUCUCAAAAACAAACUCGUUCCAUCGGCACCCAAGCAGCCCGCGCAACCAAAGAAGGAGAAGGUCGCAUCAAAAUUCGACCAGGCUGCAAGCGCAGCUGUCGAGAAGGCACCCGUUCCUGCCGGGACCACACCGAAGAAGAAGAAGCCUGCGGCCUCGAUAAAUGGAGAAAAGCUUGCCGACUCUGUCGAGAAGCUGGCGGUCGAUGAACCUAAGGUCAAGAGCAAGAACCUGAACGUUUUGGAGGAGCUACAAAAGAGCGGUAUGAAGCGGAUGGCCAAUUUUGUAGUGGUAGGGCAUGUUGACCACGGUAAGAGUACACUUAUGGGCCGCUUGUUGUACGACCUGAAAGUCAUCGACCAAAGGUCGAUCGACAAACUCCGCAAAGAGGCUGAAACAAUAGGCAAGUCGUCAUUCGCAUUGGCCUGGGUGAUGGACGAAACAAGUGAGGAGCGUAGUCGAGGUGUCACGGUCGACAUUGCGACAAACUACUUCGAGACUGACAAGUCGCGAUUCACUAUUCUGGAUGCUCCUGGACACAAAGACUUCAUUCCCAACAUGAUCUCAGGUUCCUCUCAAGCGGACUUCCCUGUCUUGGUCAUCGACUCAGGUACGAACAGCUUCGAAGCAGGUCUGAAAGGUCAAACAAAGGAGCACAUCCUGAUUGCACGAAGUAUGGGGAUGCAACACAUCAUUGUCGCCAUCAACAAGAUGGACACUGUAGCAUGGUCCAAAGCACGGUUCGACGAGAUCGCCAAGAAGAUGACAUCCUUCCUCACAGAUGCCAGCUUCGCGGAGAAGCGCAUCACCUUCAUCCCUCUUGCUGGUCUUACGGGCGAGAACGUCGUCAGCAAAAUCUCGAAUCCAGUGGCAGACUGGUACACAGGCGAAACGCUUAUGGAAGCUCUUGAACGCAUCGAGCUCCCUCAGCGACAACUCGAGAAGCCUUUGCGUCUCUCAGUCGCAGAUGUCUUCCGCGGUGACAUGCGCUCUCCCCUUAGCAUAUCCGGCCGCAUCGACGCCGGCACAUUGCAAGUCGGCGACGUCAUCCUUGCACUUCCCGCCAAUGAGACCGCUACCAUCAAGUCCAUUGAGGUCCAAGAUGCGCCCGUCGACUGGGCCGUCGCAGGCCAGAUCCCUACACUCCAUCUCACAGACAUUGAUCCCGUGCAUCUACGCCAAGGCGACAUGGUCUGCUCGCCCAAAGCACCCGUUAAACUCGUCAAAGCGUUCACCUCCAAGCUGCUUGCGUUCGAGCACGUACUACCCAUGCCGGUCGAGGUGUUCAGGAGUACACUAAACAGUCCGGGAAGUAUCAGGACGCUAAGCGCCAAGCUCAACAAGUUCACGGGUGAAGUCACAAAGAAGAAGCCGAGAAUCGUCAAGCCGGGCGAAGUGGCGCGUGUUGUCGUGCAGCUGGAGCGCGAGCUGCCGAUUGAGGAGGGUAUGAGGGUUGUUAUCCGCGAGAGGGGGAGAACUAUAGGCGCGGGCUUGAUGGAGAAUGUCGCUUGAGGUCAGGGCUGCCGCGGGUAGAGUCCAAACUCUGUUCGGUGACACCCGAGUUUCCGGUUUCAUAGGCGAAUUGCAGAUAUUAAGAAUCUCUGUCACGGUCGGAAGUCAUGGCAUGAUGUAGCCCAGAACAUGUGUAGAUGAACACAUGCUCAAUCGCAGGGGAGAUACCUAACGAUCA